GAGGCUAGCAGAAGAUGGAAACAAAAACAACACUGCUGCACUUACUUUAUUAUUUGUCCAUGCUAAUGCUAAUGCUAAUGCUAAUGUGUGGCACCAAAGUAAGCGCAAUUGAAUUGCCAAAAUACACAAUCAUAUUGUCUGAAUCAGAUUUUCAGAUCAGACUCUACAAUGAAUCCUCAUGGAUGUCAGCUCGUGUUUCUGGAACAUCCUUCGAACAGGCCUCUAAAACUGGAUUUCACAGAUUGUAUGAAUAUAUUCAUGGUGCCAAUUCGGAUUCUUCAAAAAUUGCAUUCACUGCUCCAGUCUUAACGAGUGUGCCCUCGUCACCCCCUGGGGAUGGCUACACUGUAAGAAUGUUCAUAUCAAGUCACUUUGAGGGCAAUCCUCCAACUCCCAAUCCUGAACUGAAGUUGGGCAUAGAGAAAUGGAAACCUCAGUGCUUCGCAGUUCGCAAGUUUAGUGGGUAUGCGAAGGAUGAUAACAUUAACAAAGAAUUUGAAGCUCUUGUGACCUCCCUCAACAAGCACUCAGUGAAAAUACAAGAUACCAGCUCCUAUAUUAUUGCCCAAUACAACGCUUCUUUUCAUAAUACUACGGAUCGAUUAAACCAAGUGUGGAUUAAAGUAUCGCAACUAGGGGCUGAUUGCUGAGGGUUGUCCAUUGUAUAUGGACAGUAUUUUGUUUGUGUUGUUGUGCUUUGAGUGUUUUGUUUUAGUGGUGUUGUGGUUGGAGUGUUUUGUUUCAUGUAAACUAUCAAUGCUUCCAUGCACUCGAAAUUUGCAUCUAAUUAUAGGUAAUGAUUUGAAUAUGCAGUAUUAAAUAGUAAAUAAAUAUAAAUUAUGAAAUAUUUGAUGGUUCA